AUGACGGAUAACAAUGAACAACGACGGAGAAACGCAUCACGGACAUCUGGCUCUACAACGGCAACCGGUCUGCUUAAAGUUGUAAGUCCUGAUGUUAAGUAUGAGGCUGACUUCAUCUAUGCAUCAUACCCUUACAGGACAGUCAAUGCUGUCGUCCAGGAGGAUGGAGAUGUACGGGCGGAGCCUGUCGAGCGCCUUUAUCACUUUCGGACAGCGGUAAGACCUCGUAAACUUGGUUUGAUGCAAGUCGGGUGGGGUGGGAACAAUGGGACUACCGUAACUGCAGCUGUUGUGGCAAACCAGCAGAACAUUACGUGGGAGACGAGAGCUCAGCAGCACCUCCCGAACUACAAUGGAUCGCUCACACAGGCAUCCACUAUGCGAGUGGGCUUUGAUGCGCAAGGGAGAGACAUUUUUGUCCCCAUGAAAUCAGUUUUGCCGAUGGUAGAACCCAACGACAUUGUGCUGGGGGGUUGGGAUAUAUCGGGGUGCAACUUAGCCGACGCCAUGGAUAAGGCCAAGGUCCUCGAGCCGGAUUUAAGAAGCAAGUUGCGACCAUUCAUGGAAGACAUGGUGCCCCUGCGGGCUGCGUUUGACCAACAGUUUAUUGCAAAGAAUCAGCAACCUCGUGCAACUAAUAUCUUGUCAACGUCCGAUAAAGGGGAGCAACUCGAACAAUUGCGCAAGGAUAUUCGAAAUUUCAAGUCCACCAAGGAGUUGGAAUAUGUCGUCAUCAUUUGGACGGGAAACUCGGAACGUUAUGCCACCGAAAUAACUGGAGUAAACGAUACUGCCAGCAACCUAAUGACUGCAAUCAAAGAGUCACAUCAAGAGGUAUCUCCUUCGACGUUAUACUGCGUUGCAGCAAUUCUUGAAGGGUGUCCAUACGUAAACGGAUCUCCUCAAAACACAUUUGUCCCAGGUGUCGUGGAACUUGCUCGCGAAAGAAACGUGAUGAUAUGUGGCGAUGAUUUCAAGUCAGGACAGACGAAGAUGAAGUCUGUUCUGGUAGACUAUUUGAUCGGGUGUGGUUUCAAGAUCAAGACGAUGGUAACAUAUAACCAUCUCGGAAACAACGACAUGUAUCAACUCACGGAUGAAGUGAUGUGGAAGCCUAAAUCAGCCUCCAAGUCGAGAGUAGUCGAAGAUAUUGUCGACUCAAAUGGAGUUCUAUACAAAGGAAAUGAAGAUUCAAUCGAUCAUAUUGUCGUUGUGAAGUACGUACCCUUUCUAGGAGACUCCAAGCGAGACGUGUCAGAGUAUACAUCUGAGGGGUUCAUGGACGGACACUACACAACUAUAAUGCACAAUGAAUGUCUUGAUUCUGCCUUGUGUGCACCAUUGAUCCUUGACUUGGCGAUAUUCGUCGAACUAUUUUCUAGGGUUCAGUAUGCUGUUGAGGAAGGGGACGCAGGCUUGAGGAAAGACAAGUAUAGCGGAAUGGAAACAGCUCUCAGCGUGCUCGGAUUUUACAUGAAGAUUCCGCGAGUACCACCCGGCGAACCAAUUGUAAGCGCACUGGGAAGGCAGAAGGCAUGUAUUGAAAAUCUGCUGCGGGCUCUUGUUGGACUACCACCAGAGAACAAUCUCCUGUUAGAGAGAAAGUGCCCUUUCUAG